AUGCUGGUCCUCGUUGACGCCUUUUUUGAGAACAUAUACCCUCUGCCAUCCUACGCCUUCCUACACCCCGAGACGACAAAGCGAAGGUGCAGGGACGCUCAAGUACAUCGGGCCCUUGCUUCGGCAGUCUGCGCCAUUGCCGCCCUGCACAUGGGACGGGACAGGCAACUCGCAUCUCGCUGGAUCCAAGGUGCUGAGCAGAGCAUCUGGCUUCAUCUCGGCUCUCCGACUAUCCCUCGACUGCAGACGCUGCUCCUCAUCAUACACUUUCGUAUGGAGACUGGGGCAUUCCAGCGAGCCUUCAUGCUGACGGCUACGGCAGCUCGCUUUGCCACGGCCAUGCGGCUCAACUAUGAGCGCCCAGACCUGGACCCGAUCAGUCGUGAGGUCCGUCGCCGGAUUGUCUGGUCUCUCAAAAUCAUGGAGCGAUACUUCUCUAUCGGCCUCCCCGAGUUCGAGCUCUGUCCCAUCGAAUCCAUUUACCUUGAAUUUCCCAGCCCAGAGGAACAGUUCGAGGUAACGAGUCGAGGCGAGAAUGGCACGUAUCGUCUCUUGAUCAGACUCGAAACCAUUCGACGAGACGUAAUGAAGUUGAACCGCAGCGUUGCCCCCUUAGACGAGCCGCUGCCUUCUUUGAUUAAGCUAAUCCGACAUCAUCAGCAGUCCCUCUCCGACAUUGGCACGGUUAUGCCAGAAGGGACGCAUUUGACUGAAACUCAAACGCUCGGCCUUCUAGGGAGUCCUUGGCUGCCACGGCGUGUCCUGAUGCACAUAUCUUGGCACCAGGCACACUGCGAUCUCAAUCGAAUCCUGCUUUCCGGAUACCCAGAGGCAGCACCUCCUAUUGUACUUGAAGCAGUAGACCCGGCAGACCUUGCUGCUGGUGAGCGCCAAUGCCUCGACCAUGCCACCUCCAUUAUACAAAUUUUGACAAAUCUAAACCAACAAAGCACACAACGCCAAUGUCUCGAGUUUGACACUGCCAUCUGCGCCUACCAUGCCGCUCGCCUAGUGCUCUUCAUUUCCCGAUUUGGCAGAGACCCUGACCGGCCUGCGCCAGAGUUUGCAGCCAGCCGAGCCGAUCUUUGUCUCACGGCGUUGAAGCGGUUCUUCCCGAGCUCGGCACUUGUUGCACCCAUCAUUGAAGAAUUACAGCGGUGCAUUGGCGUCUUCUCUCAGCAAGAGGACGACUUGGCGUCGUUCAAACUCGACCCCACCAAAGAGCCCACACGUCAUCGGGAUUUAGAAUCUCAACUCUCAGCUGCUGCCCGCGCUCGGCAGAGACUUGCCAUACAUAGUCUGCUCCGCCAGGCUGAGUUCUCUGAUGGCGAUGAUGACGAGGAACACGAUCGAGAGCCAGGAUUCAUCGAGCAAGCCUCAGCUCAGGGGCUUGAAAGGGGUGGCGGUUUUGUGAACCAAGAUGACCACAGAUGCAACACGCGUGCGUCCGGGCAUAUGAGCGCUGCUUCUCUUGCCUCUGAUAGCCAAGUCCGUCAUACUCAUAACGAAAACACGGCAAUCGAAGUUCCUGAUUGGCAAGCCAGGACUGGGUCGCAAAGCUCUCCCAGCAUUGAGCAGAUGACCACACCGCUUCUUUCGUGGUUUGGUCCACAGGACUGGGACUGGCUGUCUGGUCGAGCGACUUGA